CACAGGCCAGUUAUGACCCGCCCCCGCGAACCAGAAACAGCAGAGCGUGUGUGACGGAAAGAGAAAGCCAGGCUGGAGCUGCCCUGGGAAGUCGGGAGUCUGCCGGAGUCAACGUAGAACAACGCCAUUUCACUACUACAAGCUAAGGGRACAGACAACUCAACCCACAGAAUGGCGGUGGAUAUCUACGACUCUCAGUACCUUCUCAUCCUAGCUCCAACCCUGGUCAUCGCCCUCAUGUUUCUUUUCUUCUGGCUCUUCAUGAAAGAAACGUCUUAYGAUGAGGUGCUGGCCAGGCAGAAACGUGACCUCAAGCUGCCGCCGGCCAAGACGGACUCUCGAAAGAAGAACGAGAAGAAGAAGAGCAAGAAGAAGGAGACCACCGGUGGAGGAAGUGGUGGAGGCGGAGGGGAGUCGGAAGAGGACCUGCGAGAGUUUGAAUUGGUCGAUGGUGUUGGCUCAGGUCUGGAGGCAGAAGAGGAACCUGUGCUGGAGGUGACACCAGAACCUGCUCCUCCAGCAGUUGCUGCCAGUGUGCCUGUUUCAGCCUCACCGGAGGCUCCUGCCGGUCUGAGGGAGAGAAAGAAAAAGGAGAAAAAGGCUGCCAAAGCUGCUGCUGCUGCCGCCGCCGCUGCGUCAGCAGCAGCUUCCCUCUCAGAGGAGUCAGAAAUAAAUGACUCCAAGCCAGUCGGUCGCAAGAUGGAGAUGCCUCAAGCUGUAAGCAAACAGUCAAGCCCUCCGUCUCCACAGUUUGAGUUUCAGACUCAAGCUGCUCAGGCUCCUGUUCAGGCUCAGACGCCUCCCCARACCUCUGGGAAGAAGGAGAAGAAGAAGAAACAGAAAGCAGAGUCUGUCGAUGUCCAGCUGCAAGAGGUGAAAGCAGAGCAGGCCCCAGCACCGGUCAAAAAGGAAACUCCCUCUGUGGCUGAAACCAAAGUAGUGGAUGGUGCAACUCAAAUUUCCACCGGURGCAAAAAGAAGAACUCUGCCAAGAAGCAAAAAACUGAGCCUGUUGAUGAAACCCACAUUUUGGCAGAUUUGGCAGCCUCUGCCAAUCACCAGGCAGUCCAUAAUGAUGAUGUUCCAUCUAAAGGCUCUGGCAAGAAACAGAAGAAUGAGACUGAAAAAGAGAACCCGGAGAUGAAAGUGAAGGAGCUGCUCUCUGGUCUGUCGGGCCUGGCUCUGUCAGAAGCAGAAGCUGUCAGCGUGAUCGCUCUCCUCCGAGAAAAGAGCCCUAAUGCCUUGGAUGCCUGGCAGAAAUCUGCAGCUCGAYCAGACCCAGCUGCCCAGGAACGAGAAAAACUUUUUACAACUCUGCAGGAGGAAGCUUCUAUUGCCAAAGACAAAGUGAAACAGCUCAGUCAGGAGCUUCAGGUUGAGAAGCAGAAGACCGGAAGAGUGGAGGCAAUGAUGAGGGAGCAGCGUGCAGCCUUGGAGAAAGAGCUGGGGGGCAUGCAGGCCAAAGCACAAGGCAGCUACCAGGAGCUGCAGACCAUGCAAAUAAAGUUUCAGCAGGUGCGGGAGCAGCUGGAAAGCCAGAUCACUCGACUGCAGCAGGAGAACGGUAUCCUGAGGGACGCAGUCAGCUCCGCCACCAACCAGAUGGAGAGCAAGAAUUCAGCAGAGUUGAACAAGCUGCGCUCUGAAUAUGCCAGUCUAAUGAAAGAACUGGCAGACAACAACAGCAAGCUGCAGCAGGAGGAGCACCAAAGGAAGUCACUGGAGGUCGGCUACAAGCAGAACGUGUCCCAGCUGGAGGCCCAGCUACAGGAUGCAAAGCGACGCUGGGAGGAAUUGCAAAACUUUCUCCACACAGUCAACACCGAAAGAGAAAAACUUCAAGCCUCGAAGCAAGAGCUUCACAGCCAGCUGCUGGGCGUGGAGACGGAGAUGAACAACAAGAACAAGGAAAUCCAGACGUUACACAGCAGCCUGACUGAAGCGAUGGUCUCCAAGGAGCGGCUGGAGCAGCGGGUGAUGGAGCUGAUGGAGAUGUCUCAGCACAGCAUGCAGGACGACACUCUGCAGGUCCAGGUUCAGGAACUCAUGAAUGAAAACAAAGCACUUCAGGUGCAGGAGGCRACGUUGCAAGUCCAGAAUGAGAACCUGCAGGCCCAGAUCUCGUCACAGGCCACCCAUGUGUCCCACAUUGAGGAGCUACAAAAGCUACUGGCUGAAAAGGAGCUGCAGCGAAAGAGUCUGGAGGAUUCUCUAAAUGCUGAGAGGAGCAGCGGGGCAAGUCGAGAAACAAACAUGCAGGCUUUGCACAAUGAAAACAUGUCACUAAAGGCAGAGAUUCAGAAUCUGCAGGCACAGAUUGCUGAUCAGACUGCAUCCCAGCAGGCUUUGGACCAGUUUCAGAAGAGUGUUCGAGAGAAGGAGGAGAACAUUAAAACGGUUGAGGGACUUUUGGAGAAGGGGCUGAUAGAAGUGGCCAACAAGGAAGAAGAGCUGAAGAAGGUAAAAGGAGAAUAUGAGGCACAGAGACAAGAAAUUGAGGACCUUAAGAGAAAGACAGCAGAACAGGCAUCAUCAGAGUUAAUAGUGGGAGAACUACAAAGCAAGAUCCAAGAAAAGGAUCUGAAGCUGAAAUCACUGGAGGAGACUCUGCAGGCAGAACGAGCCAGUAGCUCUACCAGAGAGAAGACUGUCGAGACUCUGGAACAAAAACUGGCUGCCCUUCAGGUGGAGCUGGAGCAGCUGAGGAACAAAGAGACACAACAGGGACCGAGCAGCUCUGAGGCCAAGAUCCAGGAACUCCAGGCUCAGCUGACAGUAAAGGACCAGGAAAUUCAGGCGCUGCAGGCUGAACUGGAGACAAGAACAAGAGAAGUGAGUGAGAAGGUGGAGCAGCUACAGCAACAGCAGUCGAACGCUGCGGUGCCAAACCCAGAGCUCCUUGCAGAGUUGUCAGAGAAGGAGAAGCAGGUCUGCAGUUUGCAGGAUGAGCUGGCUGAGCUGAGGGACUCACUGGAGCUUCACAGGAAAAAGAACAAUGAGCUUCGGGAGAAAAACUGGAGUGCAAUGGAAGCUCUGUCAGCCACCGAGUCCAUGCUUCAAGGAAAACUCAGCAAAGUCGUCAAGGAUAAUCAGGCAGCACUGGCAGUAGCUGAAGCUGAGUGUCGACACGUUCUGCACAGACUUCUGCCCCACGUGCCCCUGCCCUCUGAACAGAAUCACCAGGAGUGGUUGCAAAGGUUUGAGAAGGCAGUUGCUGAAAGCUCCGUUGUGCAAUCCAACCAAGCAUCAGGGGACUCUGAGGACCCGGCGGAGAAACUGAAAGAAGCUGAGGAAAACCAAAAGAUUCUACAAAAAGACUGCGAGACGUAUAAGAAGGUUUUGGCAGAGACGGAGGGCAUCCUGCAGCGCCUCCAGAGCAGCGUGGAGGAAGAGGAGUCCCGCUGGAAGCUGAAGCUGGAGCAGUUCCAAACAGAGCUUAAAGAGGUGAGGAGAGAAAAGCAGCACUUUGAGUCUGAGCUGGARCGGGCGGAGCGGGAGAGCGCCACCUAUGUGACAGAAGUCAGAGAGCUCAAAGAUCUGUUGACUGAAUUGCAGACCAGACUCGAUGGCUCAUAUACAGAGGCCAUCAGACAGAAUGAGGAGCUAACCUUGCUAAAAACUCAGCUCACUAAGACGGUGUCUAAGUUGGAGACAGAGGAGAACGAGAGACAAAAGGUGGCUGGUGACCUCUAUAAGGCUCAGCAGUCUCUUGAACUGAUUCAGGGUGAACUCUCAAAGCUAACAGACAAAACCGAUGACCUGAUAGAGAACAGCAGUCUGUCGUCAGAGCGAGAGGAGAUGGACAGAAAAGAGAAAAUGACUGCAGGACUGAAUCAAACUGUCAGAGAAAUGCAGCAGCUGCUGCAGUCAGUCAGCCAGCAGCUCACUAAGGAAAAGCAAGGAGAGCUCGACAAAGAUCUCCCCAAAGUAUAAUGAUGGGAGGACGAGCACCCUGCAGCCACCCCGACUGCACUACAGAGACCACCUUUAGACAACGGUCUUAUCACUGCUACACCCAAGCACCCCCACCCCCCAAACUCUGUCACCUCACCUGUACUGCGGGCGGCCUUCAGCUGUCUCUGGCCGAGGGGCUGGUGAUUCCAGACCCAUUGUUAGAGGGGGCCGGCAGAGGUCACUGCUCUGUUCCGAACACGGUACCAAACUACUCCACUCCAGCCACAUUCCUCCUGUUUUGCAGCAUCACAUGUUGAUUUCACUCCAAACUUCCUGCAUUAUUUAAACUGUGUGGAAAUCAUUCCUCUGUUUUAAAUCACCUGUAUUUUUUUCUCUCCAAUGCAAUCCUUUUGAAUAUUGCAGUAGUGGUCCUUUUUUUUCCUUCUUUGUCUUAAGAGGGCAGAGAUUCAAAUGUCAAACUUAACUAAAUGAACUUUGGGUUUUCAGCAUUUUUCUUCUUAACUUAAAAAGAUAUAUGUAUUGUUUAAAUGUACCACUUAGGACCUGCUGAAAUACUGUGUUGAUCUGUUAAUUUGCCCUCUGAUCAGAGAACUCAAACUGUAUUUGUCAUACAUCGUUCCAUGCAUACCUUGGCUCAGUUCUGGCUGGGAAAAGGGAGAUUGUAAGAAGGUCUCUGCAUGUUAGAUGGGUGACUAAAUAUGGAGCUGCAAAGGUUUGUCCUGCAGCUCUGAGGAAAAUGGAGUUUCUGGCCCUGGUUAUGCAGCGGCCAACAGUUUAGAGGUUUUUAAUCCUACUGCAAACACUUUAGAGACAAGUGUCCCCUAUCCUCUAUAUUCAGCACUUGCUACGUUGUUGCUAAAUUCAUUAACACUGAAGAUACUGUUCUUUUUGUAACAGGUGAUGUUAAUAAAAGGGAUGCUUAAUAAA